AUGAGCACGAUGGGCGAAAGCACGGAGAUAGACUACGCAACACUGAGUCACUGCUGGGGUAAUUCAAUGCCACUUAAGCUGACAAAAGAAACUCUUGCCGCAUUUGAGGAACGCAUACCGUUCCUGCUAAUUCCCCCCACGUUUACGGAGACAAUCAAUAUAGCACGCUCCAUAGGUAUCCGAUACAUCUGGAUCGAUUCUUUAUGUAUUGUCCAAGACGAUCCGGAAGAUUGGGAAAGAGAGGCUGCACAGAUGAAUCGAAUUUACGCUGGCAGUCAACUAACCAUUGCCGCUGCGCAGUCUUCAGACUACUCAGGCGGUUGUUUCCACAAUGAUUUUCAAGAUCAGCACGGCCUAGACCUUUUCUUUAAGGCUCAAUUAGGCAAUCCAAAUGAUUCUCCUACAUUGGUCCGAUUCUACCAGGGAAAUGUACGCGACCGUCCCAUCCGGCGGAACAGGCUCAGCACCCGUGCUUGGACAUUACAAGAACAACUGCUGUCAUCUAGACUAGUGUCUCGUCUACAUCCAGAGCUACAUUGGCAGUGCCGCACGGAGCACAAAACAGAAGGCGGCCUUGUGUUCAAAUCGCCAAGCGAGGCGGGAAAUUCAGUGAUAGCCUGUCUGCCUCGUAUCGGGCCUCAAGGUCAACCGUGGCUGCGGGUAGUCUGGGAGAGUAUUGUAGAGCAGUAUACGGCAAGAGAGCUCACUGAUGAAACCGACCGUCUUGCAGCAUUUGCCGGGAUUCUUCGAUAUUUUCAGUCGGCUUUCAAUGAAAAACCGAUGAUUGGGCUGUGGAAGUCAGCAUUGGCGAGAGACAUGGCCUGGGUACGGCUGGGCGUGAGGGAAAACUUGGCCGCCAAUCCACAUAUCCCAUCUUGGACUUGGUUGUCGUGUACAGGACAAGCAAGUAUGUCAUUCUUCGACAUAACUGACGUCUCUCCUCGUACUACAGAGGGAGCGUCAUCUCACAUUGAGUUUUUAAGCUGGGAUAUACACUGGGCUGGGCUGCCGUACACUUCUCCGGUGAAGGGAUCCAAUCUUCACGUGAAAGGACCGGUCAUGGACAUCGAAAUCGGCCCUUCUGGCGAUGGUGUCAGUCGAAACCCACAAUAUCUGCAGGUCUUCGGUGAGAACUUGACUUACACGGAUAGGACCAAGAUCCCAUUCCGAUGUGUUGGUCAGUUAGACAAAGGGGACAUCGACAGGACUGCAAGCUACCCUUGCCUUCUUUUGAGCUCCCGUACAGGAGAUGACACUGAAGGGCCAACACAAGAGAUAUUUCUCAUCUUGGAGCCAGUGAAACCCGAGAUUGAUGCGAGAUACCGGCGUAUUGGAAUAGCUAAGCUUCGGAGUAGAGCGCCUGUAUUUGACCUAAACAAAACGAAGUCAUUGACUUUGGUUUGA